GAAGUGCCUGUCUAUGUGCGAGUGGACCCUGAACGAGAAAAGGGGAGAGAAACUAGAAAUCUUACAGAAUGGAUAUAGUGACAGACUUAGGGCAGAGCAGAUUAUAUCGGGCACCGGGUGAACCAGCUCACCAGCAGCCUCAGAGGUGGUUCAACACUGCUGACAUCACAGUGGCUCACCAAAGCAACGUGCUGAAGCAGCUCAACCAGCAGCGCCGCCAGGAGCUCUUCUGUGACUGCAGUGUGCUGGUGGAGGGCCAGCUCUUCAGAGCCCAUCGAAAUGUUCUGUUUGCCAGUAGCGGCUAUUUCCGCAUGCUGCUGUCCCAGGCACCAGAUGGGCUGUCCGACACGGUCAAUGCCACAUUUGAUGUCUUCAGCCCAGAGACCUUCACAGUCAUUAUGGAUUUUAUUUACUCAGGGCAGCUGGACCUCACCAGCACUGAUGUCAUUGAGGUUAUGUCUGCAGCCAGUUACCUGCAGAUGAACAGUCUUAUCACCUACUGCAAAAACUUCAUAAAAUCAUCUCUAGACAUUAGUGUGAAAGAGGAGGAAAGUGAACAUUGCCCCAGUUUAUCUGAAACUUGUAGCUUUACCAGUGCACCUGGAGAGGAGAGCUUAGACCCACAGCCACAGCAGCUUGGCCCUGCCCCCAGUCCACCUCCUGCUCUCUGGACAAGGGACACUUCCAGAACUCAGUGCCCUUUUGGUGGCAAGGACUCUGACCAGGACCUCUCAUCUGCUGCCAUAAAAACUGAUGUAAGCAGCCCUGUUAAUGAUCUGAGUGUCGAGGUUGAGGACCCACAAGACCCCCUAUAUACACUACCAGGAGCAGAACGAAAGAGAGGUCGAGGUUCCAAAAGGAAAUCCUCCAGCAAUCGCCCAAACCAACACAAUGACCUGAACCUGCAGGAGGCCAGGGCACAGAAAGCUGAAAAGGCAGACGAGCUGUAUGCCACUCUGCCAUCGAUAGUCGGAGUCAUCGGACAAUUUAAUAAGGACCACCCCAUCAUGCGGUUCAAAUGCCCCUUUUGCACUCAUACAGUAAAAAGAAAGGCAGAUCUAAAGAGACACUUACGAUGCCACACUGGGGAGCGCCCAUACCCCUGUCAGGCCUGCAACAAGCGCUUUACCCGCCUGGAGCAUCUCCGAAGCCAUUUUGAGACUAUUCACCAGGCCAGGAAGUUGGUGUGCAGGAAGUGCAAGUGUCCUGUGACAGAAGAAACUGGGCAUGUUGUGUGCGAGGGCACACGUCGCUACCGCAUGUGCACUGCAUGCAUACAGGAAGUUGGCUGCGACAACAUCUCUAUGGACCCUCUGGAUGGGGCCAAUGAUGAGCCAGCCCUGUUACUGGGCGUGGAUGGAGAGGAGGAAGGAGACACCAAAAGGUCAUGGAUAGUAAAUGAUGAUGAUGAUGACCUGGCAGAAGACUCGGGUGCUGACCUUAUCAUACAACAAGUCGAUGACAGUGACGAGGAGCUCUAGUGCAAAACUCAAAGAAUUUAUUUUUUUUUCAGGCCUAUGGGUAAAAGCCAUUUAAGAGACGUAUGCAUAAAGUAACCACUUACAUGAAUACACAUUUUUUCACAUGCUGAAACAGAUAAUAACUCACCUUGUAUUGUUUUCUGAAGGCUUUUGUGUCUUCUGUGAAUUUUGUUCACAAUUGUAACAAUUGUAUAAACUGCAAUAUCCAAAGCAUGCACAUCAAAUGUACAGUACGUAAUUUAACUCAAGAGCUAAAUUUAUAAGCAUGAAACACCUUUGUUGAAUUGAUACUAAAAAUGAAUGUGUACAUUCUCAUGCCUGUGAGAUCAUGUGUAAAGUUCUUUUUUUAUUAUAUGCACUAUGAUAUAUAAUUUAUUUCAUUUUUUACUUUUGAUUAAACUAUUUUGUAUAUAUUUA